UACCGGCAGAUUCCUGAAAGGAGAUCGACUUUUUACUGGAAAAGUUUGCCUCACGGAGCUGAUUGGAUGCAUGGGGAAAAGGUGAUGCUGAUGAGCUAUACCCUAUGCACAUGCUUAAGGUUGACGUCCACAGGUUUCUCGUGUAAACUACCCUAUUUCAUGCCUGCUGGCCAUUGCAGACAGUUCAACUGAAGGAAACAAAGAAAAGUGCGAGCUGGUGCGUCCCAUGCAUGCUGCUGGCUGCUGCAGUUUUGCCUGUGAUGGGACCUGGAUACAACUAUUGUGGUGGUUACUGUGAGUGAGAUGGUCUGCCAGUACUUCUCAUGGUGGAUCGGUGCCAAAUUAGGCUGCCAAGGAGAAAAUUUCAUGCUAUGUACUUGUUUGCAGAGUCAGCGAAAAAAAUGACUUUGGAGUCGAUGAACAGGCUUAGGCACCUACUUUGUGCACAUGAGCCUCCACACCUCACCGAUGGAGUUCAUGGUUUCAUACUCACCUUGUCAUCUCCAGAGUUCCAGCAUUCUGUAAGUUCACUUCAUGCAUCUCAGAACACUACUUCAGUUACACAGUUGCUUGGUAUCAUGGUCUUAGCAAUGUCUAGCAAGCUGAGAAUCUCCUCCAUUGUUCUUUCUCUUCUUCUUCUUCUACCUCUGUUCUGUGGCAUCCUACUUGCACCAUCAUGUGUAGUGGCCGCGUUAGAUGCAGCACCUGCCACUCUCCUGCAAGUGAAGUCCGGUUUCACUGACCCUAAUGGCGUCCUCUCCGGCUGGUCGCCGGAGGCCGACGUCUGCUCAUGGCACGGCGUGACGUGCCUGACAGGGAAGGGCAUUGUCACCGGCCUCAACCUCUCGGGGUAUGGCCUGUCCGGCACGAUAUCGCCGGCGAUGGCCGGCCUGGACUCAGUUGAGUCCAUUGAUCUGUCCUCCAAUUCCCUCACCGGCGCAAUCCCGCCGGAGCUCGGGACGCUGCAGAGCCUGACGACGCUGCUGCUACACUCCAACCUCCUCACCGGCACCAUCCCACCGGAGCUGGGUGGCCUCAAGAACAUGAAGGUACUCAGGAUCGGCAACAACCCGCUGCACGGUGAGAUACCGCCGGAGCUCGGCAACUGCUCGGAGCUGGAGACGAUCGGCCUGGCCUACUGCCAGCUGACCGGCGCCAUUCCCCACCAGAUUGGCAACCUGAAGCAGCUGCAGCAGCUGGCCCUGGACAACAACACCCUCACCGGCGGCCUCCCGGAGCAGCUCGCCGGUUGUGCAAACCUGCGUGUCCUCUCGGUGGCUGACAACAAGCUGGAUGGCAUCAUACCUUCCUCCAUUGGCAGCCUGAGCUCUCUCCAAUCUCUGAACCUAGGAGACAACCAGUUCUCCGGCGUGAUUUCGCCGGAGAUCGGUAACCUCUCCAGCUUGACAUACCUCAACCUGCUCGGCAACCGCCUCACCGGCGGCAUCCCGGAAGAACUGAACCGGCUGAGCCAGCUGCAGGUUCUGGAUUUGUCCAAGAACAAUCUUUCUGGAGAGAUCAGUGCCAUCUCUGCAUCACAACUGAAGAAUCUGAAGUACCUUGUGCUGUCUGAAAAUCUCCUGGAGGGCACCAUCCCUGAAGGCCUCUGCAAUGGCAAUGGCAAUGGCAACUCGAGCUUGGAGAACCUGUUCCUCGCCGGCAACAACCUCGGAGGCGGCAUUGAUGCCCUGCUCAGCUGCACCACUCUGCAGUCCAUCGACUUGUCGAACAACAGCUUCACCGGUGAGAUACCUCCGGCGAUCGACCGGCUGUCGGGCCUCGUCAACCUUGUUCUGCACAACAACAGCUUCACCGGCGUUGUGCCGCCGCAGAUAGGGAACCUGAGUAACCUGGAGGUGCUGUCUCUUUACCACAAUGGCCUCACCGGCGGCAUCCCUCCGGAGAUCGGCCGGCUGCAGAGGCUGAAGCUGCUGUUCCUCUACGAGAACGAGAUGACCGGAGUUAUCCCCGAGGAGAUCACCAACUGCACGAGCUUGGAGGAGGUCGACUUCUUCGGCAACCACUUCCAUGGCCCGAUCCCUGAGAGGAUCGGCAACCUCAAGAACCUCGCCGUGCUCCAGCUCCGGCAGAAUGACCUGUCUGGCCCGAUUCCGGCGAGCCUCGGCGAAUGCAGGAGUUUGCAAGCGCUGGCGCUGGCGGACAACCGGCUCUCCGGCGAGCUGCCGGAGUCGUUCGGCCGCCUCGCCGAGCUCAGCAUCGUCACCUUGUACAACAACUCGCUGGAGGGCCCCCUGCCGGAGUCGCUGUUCGAGCUCAAGAACCUGACGGUGAUCAACUUCUCCCACAACAGGUUCACCGGCGCCGUCGUGCCGCUCCUCGGCUCGAGCUCCCUCGCCGUGCUGGCUCUGACCAACAACAGCUUCUCCGGCGUUAUUCCGGCGGCAGUCGCGCGGUCGAAGGGGAUGGUCCGGCUCCAGCUAGCCGGCAACAGGCUCGCCGGCGCGAUCCCGGCCGAGCUGGGCGACCUGACUGAGCUCAAGAUACUUGACCUCUCGAACAACAACUUCUCCGGCAGCAUCCCGCCGGAGCUCUCCAACUGCAAGCUGCUCACCCAUCUGAACCUCGACGGGAACAGCCUAACCGGCACCGUCCCUCCAUGGCUCGGCGGUCUCCGGUCGCUCGGAGAGCUCGACCUCUCGUCGAACGACUUCACCGGCGGCAUUCCGGUGGAGCUCGGCGAUUGCUCGGGCCUCCUCAAGCUGUCCCUGAGCGACAACCGUCUCUCCGGGAGCAUCCCGCCGGAGAUCGGGAAGCUGACAUCUCUCAACGUUCUGAACCUGCAGAAGAACGGCUUCACCGGCGUCAUUCCGCCGGAGCUACGGCGCUGCAACAAGCUAUACGAGCUACGGCUGUCAGAGAACUUGCUGGAGGGGCCGAUCCCACCGGAGCUGGGGCAGCUGCCGGAGCUGCAGGUGAUACUGGACCUGAGCCGGAACAAGCUCUCCGGCGAGAUCCCGGCGUCCCUCGGCAACCUCGUCAAGCUGGAGAGGCUCAACCUCUCCUCCAACCACCUCCAUGGCCGGGUACCUUCCUCGCUGCUGCAGCUGACGAGCCUCCACCUCCUCAACCUCUCCGACAACCUCCUCUCCGGCGGGAUCCCGGGCGCGCUCUCCACCUUCCCUGCCACGUCUUUCGCCGGCAACGUCGAGCUCUGCGGCGCGCCGCUGCCCUCCUGCGGGGCGGCGCGGCGGCUGCUGCCGGGCGCCGAGGUGUCCGUCAUCGUGGCGGCCAUCGCCGUCGUGUCGGCGGCCGUGUGCGUGGCGCUCCUGUACAUAAUGCUCAGGAUGUGGAGCAACUGGAGGGCCGUGGCCUCCGUGUCGAGCUCCGACGGCGAGGAGACCGCCUCCUCGGCGGCGCACGGCAAGGGCGGCGGCAAGUGGCGUGCCGGGGACCGCAAGUACUGGAAGGUCGGCUCGGUGUCGGUGGCGUCGUCCGCCGCCGAGGAGAAGUACAGCUCGGCGUCGUCGGAGGCCACCAGCGUGCUGCACGGGAAACCGGCGGAAGCGGCCACCGGCGCCGUGAACCCGACGAGCAAGUGCUGAACCGCGACGCCGGCGCGCCCAUGAUCGAUCGCCUUUAAGCUCAUGUUCAUCUUCUCGUUGUUGCUUGUUUACAUUUUGCCUUGUUCUUGUCAUUUGCUAUGAAAGCAAGAAGUUGAUCAGCGAAGCAAAUUAGCCGGGAAGAAGCGCUAACUAGAACAACUUUGGUUUUGUCAAAUGGGUUUGCUUUUGGGCCUAAGUAUGGAGGCCCAAUGAUUUUGGUUUAGGCUCGGCCCAGUACACAAAUCUUUCUACAGGCAUGAAUAACGAA